UGUAACUGCUUUUCCUGAGACCGGAGCUCAUAAUACACCUAAAGAAAGUCUGACAAUGAACCAGGACCCAGGUUUGACGCUGAGCUAUUGGAUAAAACCCGGACUACCUGGCUGAUUCAGUGUUGCCAGGCUGGUGCUGGUGCGGAGAAAAAGAAGUGAGCGUCGUGGGAGGGCGGGCCACCUGUGACGGCAAAUGAGUGUAGAGAAGCGAGUCAGUCAGUCCCUGUUAUAGCUGUGUGUGUGUGUGUAUGUGUGUGUGUGAGUGUGUGUCAUUUAGUGGGUGUUUAGUGUACGUGUGUGCGAGUGUGUGUGUAAACGUGUAUAGGCGUUUAAAGUCCAUUUGGAUUAUCUUCAGCUCAAGGAAACACACAUUUACUGCUCUCUUCGAGGAAUUGUUUUCAUGAGUCAGGUUUCUUCAGUCCUCUCUAUGGCCUGCUCGCCUGCCAGUGUUUAUUUGAGUGCAUGGGCGUGUGUGUGUGUAUGCAGGGAUUAUGCGAGUCUUUGGGUGAAUAUGUUUGUGUGAAUGUCAUUGCAUAUGUAUACACCCUGGUUGGAGAGUGUGUGUCCUGUGAGACGCUCGAUGGGGAUGCAGGGAGCUCUAUCUCCUGCGCUGCGGGUCUUGUUGCUCAGCUGCUGUGUGUGCGCGGCGGCCGGCUACCCCUUCAGAACACCCCUGGACCUGGAUGUGACUCCACGCAUCACCGUGUUGAGCAGCGGUCUCCAGGGCUGCAGGCGUUUCCAGUCCUCUGCAGUCAACUACAGCACCAUGUUGCUGGAGGCUGACAGUGAACGUCUCUACGUCGGGGCUCGGGGGGCUGUAUUCGCUCUCAAUGCCUCUGACAUCUCAGCCAGCUCUGCUCUCACUAUUGAGUGGGAGGCCUCCCCUGAGCAAAAACGUCAGUGUCUGCUCAAGGGAAAAGACAAUAAGACGGAGUGUUUUAAUCACAUUCGCUUCCUCCAGAGGUUCAACUCCACUCAUCUCUACAUGUGUGGGACUCAUGCCUUCAGACCUCUGUGUGCAUACAUAGAUGAGACGAGGUUUGUGAUGUCAUCUCAGCCUGAAGAGGGCAGAGACAAAUGUCCUUAUGGCCCAACGACGGGCUACACUGGUCUCAUUAUAGACCAGCAGAUAUAUACAGCUUCCCAGUAUGAGUUCAGGAGCUUCCCAGAUAUCCGCCGCAACUCGCAAUCUCCCAUGCUGAAGACAGAAGAUGCUCCAACACGCUGGCUGAACGAGGCAGAUUUUGUGGGCUCAGCGCUGGUGCAGGAGAGUUUGGCCAGCAGCACAGGCGAUGAUGAUAAGAUCUACUUCUUCUUCACCGAGAGGAGCCAGGAGCAGACGACAACCUAUAGCCACAGCAGGGUGGCGCGAGUGGCUCGUGUUUGUAAGGGGGACAGGGGAGGCCGUUUAACUCUCCAGAAGCGCUGGACGUCCUUCCUCAAGGCCAGGCUGACGUGUUCUCUGCCCGAGUAUGACUUCCACUUCAACAUGCUGCGCAGCGUGUUCGUCAUGCCUGGCCACACGCCGCAGGACACACUCUUCUACGGCAUCUUCGGCCUGGAGUGGAAGAACGUGAAGGCGUCUGCAGUGUGUCGUUUCUCUCUGUCUGAGGUCCAAGAGGCCUUUCAAGGACCCUACAUGGAGAACCAGGACUCUGGCUCUAAGUGGAGGGAAUACACUGGAAAGAUCCCUGACCCACGACCUGGAACGUGUAUAACCAACGCUCUGAGGGCCAGGGGCAUAAACGUGUCCACCUCCCUACCGGAUGAUGUGCUGGACUUUGUCAGAAGACAUCCUCUGAUGUCCCAGCAGGUUCAGCCGUCAGACAGACGCCCCCUGUUGUUCAGGAGGACCACAGACUACACGCACAUGGCCGUACACAUGAUCCAAGGCUUAGAUGGACUAACAUAUCAUGUAUUAUACAUGGGAACAGAUGAAGGCUGGUUACAUAAGGCUGUAGAAGUCGAGGGUCAGCUGCACAUUAUUGAGGAGCUUCAACUGUUCGAAGAACCACAGCCUGUUAACAAUCUGCUCAUCUCCGUCAAACAGAUGAGCGUGUAUGUCGGCUCUCCAUCAGGUGUGGUGCAGCUGCCCCUCUCAAACUGCCGCAGGUACUCUUCCUGCUACGACUGCAUCUUUGCCAGGGACCCUCACUGCGCCUGGAGCGGAGCCCAGUGUGUGGACAUGAUGGCGCAUGCAGACAGAUCCACUUUAAUCCAGGACAUCCAGCGUGGCAGCAGCGGAUGUGAGAACAUACAAGAUGACGUUGUCCUGCGGAGCCGCUCCGUGCGGGUGGGCGAUGACGUGCUGCUGCAGUGUGAGCUCAGCUCCAACCUGGCGACGCCGCUCUGGACUCUGGAUGGCAGCGAGCUGCAUGGCUACGGCCUCAACUCUGGCUUCAGAACCGGCACGGAUGGCUUGUUGAUCAUCGAGGCCCGGCAGGACCAGAGUGGGCAGUACACCUGCUAUGCUGUUGAAAACAACAUCAAGGUCGCCAUAGUUACCUACAAUGUCACCAUUUGCCUGGACCUGCCCCUUCCCCCACCUGUUGAACCAACUGAAGACCUUUACGAUCUCUUCGCCACCCUGCCAGCGUCCACUGACCCUCCCUCUUCCUCCGAGAGGCCCCUGCCUCCUCCCCCAGCCCCUCUGCUCCCCCACUUAGAGCUACUCUCUCCCAGAAACAUGGAGGCCAUGUAUCUGUCCCUCAUCACCAUCCUCGGAGGCCUGUGUGUGGUCCUCACUGUGGUUCUCGUCUACGUGGGUUUCUGCCUGCGAGUGGGCAAUAGAGGGAAGUACUCGUUACGUGCAGCUGCUGCAGCCUACCCGAACAGUAAAAAGCACAGAAACAGAAAACAGCAGCGAAGCUCCUCUCACAUGGAGCUGAAAACUAUCUCAAGUCACUGUAACGGCAUUUGUAAUGGAGUUUCUAAGCAGCAUAACGGUAACGUCCAGGAGGGAGGCUUCCUUCAAAUCGUCCCCGGUGAGGGUCACCCAUCACCCAAUAAUGAGCCCCCUCCCCCAGCCCCUCCUCUCCCUCCGACUCCACAACUUCCGUCCCCAGAGUGUGACUUCCCCAACGGGCUGUCAGCCACGCUGCCCAGCGUCCUGAGGAGGAUGAACGGCAACAGCUAUGUGCUGCUGAGACAAAGCGACUCUGAGAGCACGUCACCACUCUGCUCCUCCUUCGCUGAGGAGCUCAACAAGAUUUUAGAGAAGAGGAAACACACUCAGCUGCUGCCCAGGCCGGAUGAGAGCUCUGUGUAGAGAGACGUAGCGCCCCCUGUGGUGGGAGGACUGUUGCUACCUGGUGCUAAAGUGCCUGUCAUACGACUCGUCAUUGUUCAGGACUAAAUCAAUGAGAGUUUUAUCCACAUUCUUUUCAUUGGGACAUCCCUGCUUUUUGAACUUUUGAGCUCUUUGUCAACCUCAAUUCCCCAAAUUCCCAACACAUAACAAGUGAGAAUGAGACAUCACCAUGAAGGACCAAGCAUGAAAUGAAAACAUAAAAAGUAAUCUACCUCACCGCAAUAUUGCCCAGUAGGCCAUGUGCAGUCAGUCCGUCGGGGCUGAGACCAGAGAGAUCUUUGAUCCACAAAGCACAAAACAGGAAACAUAGACUCAAACGAGGAGAGGAGCCCCAUGGGAAUAUAAACAUAAACAUGCGAAGACUUCUGCUGUGUGGCGGCCAUAUUUGGCUCGAGUCAAAGUAGAGGGCAGCUAGCCAAAGUUUGUUUGGGCUGACAAGUGCACAGAUGGCCUAUGCAUUUUUAAAAGGUGUCAUUCACACUUUAUAAAUACUGAAGGCAAUGGAUGUGGUGAAAGAGGGAAUUUGGUUUGCAAUGUUUUCACUUUUAACACUGACUUUUAUAACUGUAAUAACCAACAUCAAGCACAGUAACAGCACAUAACACUUCACACCAGCCCUCACUAAGACAUUGUGAAAGAAUCACUAUUUAAUAUUACUAAUAUCCGUAACUUGAAGUUUAAUAAUCAACCAAAUAUUCUUGUUGUUUUAUCAUGACUUAAUUCUUACUUUAACGGAUGACUGCAGUUCCUACAAAUGGUUAAUAAGUGACAAUAUUCAAACUUUCAAAACUACAUUUGAGGGAUGAAAAAAGGUUAUUCAAUGUUUACAUAAUUACAGAGAUAUUAAAUAGUGAUUACUCCACCAAUUUUUAAACUUUUUAAUAGACAACCUGUAGGAAACAUGACAGUAUUACUGAUUUUAAUGCACUUUAAAUACUGGUUUUAAAGCGCUUUGGGAAAGAGACAAAUUAUUGGACGCUAUUAUGGAGUUUGACACUGCCGCCUGUCAAGAAGCAGCAGGCCGGAGGAACUUUUUGAUUGGCCUUUAUUCAGUAUGAGGAGCUGCAGCAGUGAAGGCCACAGCUGUGUCUACUGGACCUUGUUUGACACAGGCGGAUUAGAAGGAAAACAUUGAUUGUGUCUCAGCAGAGUUUGACUCCACCGCUGAGAGACACCCUGCAUGAGACCAUAACGCAGUAUGACUAGACUGUGGGGCACAGCGUUACACAAGAGCAUCCAAGGUCUGAUGAGCACAGGUCAGUUUAAAUCUCUCUUAAUUUCACUCCCUGGGCUACCGUCUCCUAAUCAGAUGGAAGGACUGGCUGCAAAGAUGUUCUUUUAAUGAGUAGUGAAAUGAAAUUCAGCAUUGUUAGAGGACAGUGGAGCCAGGAAACAGGCUGGAGGAGGGCUACAGCCCCAGAAUCUCUGUGCCUACAGUACAGCUCUGCUUCCCCACAACUGGAAUGAAAAUUGUUGGCUACAGUGUCUUACUGAGCAGCAUUUUUCCUUCAGACGGCGCCUCUUUGUGUGCGCAGAGUGUCCUUGCCUCUGUCUGACGCUGACUUGUUAGACCAAACUCGACGUAUAAUGACCUUUUUCUCACACUUGCUGCAUGAAUUGUGUUUCACUUUACACUUCAAGGAAAACGACAAAGAUAACUCAUCUUAAUAUUAACAAAAAGUGCCAAGGUUGAUGUUUAAAAAAAGUGCUUUGUGUCUGUUUUAUUGCAAAACCAUAAGAAAAAGAUUUUAAAAAAGAGACCUAUUUAUUUUGUAAUUUUGUACAUGUGUUUUUUGAAGUUAAUUGUUAAUGUUGCUGUUUAAGUGCCACUUGUGAGACACCGUCACAAUUUGCCUGUGUUGCACAAAAUGUGAUAAAUAGAAGCAUGGUAGCCAAAAGCAUGAAGAAGCUGUUUCAGCACCACACUUUACUAUGUAUAACCUACUAAUGAGAGGAAAAAUACACCAAUUUAUGUGUUCACUAUAACCUGUUAAUUAGGAAUCAUUCAGCUCUUCUGUCACUGCAAUGUCCACGUAUUUGUUUUGAUCUCUAUCUUGCAUGUUACACCAUGCUUGUGCACACAGUGAAUCAAAUUCUUUCACUAAACUAACACAAGAAAUAACAGGGCUUCGGGUUCCUUCACAUUUCAGUCAUAAUGAGUUCAAAUAAAACUUUGUACUUCAA